AUGUCGAAUUAUAAGUACGUAUAUCCAAAAUGGUUUAAUGCUGAUAUUAAAAAUAAUAUACGUAAAAAAUAUUAUCAUUUGAAACGGUAUAAGGCUGAAGGUAAAGAGUUUAACAAGGAAUUAUUCAAAUACUAUAGGUGGCAUGUUAAAAAUUUGAUUGAAAAUGCAUAUAAGCAGCAAUUACAUCUGACAGAACAAAAUAUAAUUAACGAUCCAGCCAAAUUCUGGGAGUACAUUAAGGAUAGGAAGAAUCACAGGCAGCGUACGAAUAAUUAUUCAUUCGGUGGUGUUGAAGUUGUUGGACAAUCCGCAGCUGUCGCUUUUGCUAACUAUUUUAGUUCGGUGUAUCAGGAUGAGGUACCUGUACUAAACCAUGUUGAUGCGGUACGUGCCGCAGAUAGUCAAUGUGAUUCUACUUCAAUCACCAUAAAUAUUGUUGACACUACCAAACUGAAAGAAGCAGUAAGGCACCUAAAACCGAGAUCGUCGGGUGACCCUGACGGUAUCCCUGUUUUUUUAGCAAAGGACUGCAUAUCGGCUUUUGAGAGUCCACUCCUGUACCUUUUUAACUUAUCACUGACUCACUCUAAGUAUCCAGACAUUUGGAAAGUUUCUAGGGUCACUCCGGUUCCAAAAACUGAUGGUGAAAACGACAUUUUGUAUUUUAGACCGAUUGCAGUCUUAUCAGUCUUUGCAAAAUUAUUUGAGAUUGUCUUAUGCCAGCAAGUUAAUAAACAAACUCAGAAUUUAUUGCAUGAUAGUCAACACGGUUUUCGAACAGCCCGUUCUACCAUUUCUAAUCUUGUGGCUCAUCUUGACUAUAUAUAUGCUGAGUUGGAUGCUGGUAGGCAGGUAGAUACUGCGUACUUCGACUUUAAAAAAGCAUUUGACCUGGUCGACAAUGAUAUCUUACGUAUACGUGUUACGUAA